CUGCUCCUCUGCCUGCCUGGACAAGAGAAAUUCCUGAAAAAUCCUCCUCGGUGAUGUGUGUCCUCUAGGCAAAUCCCUACGGCUGGAUCUCCAAAAGCUGCCUGCUCCUUUGAUCCUGCUGCCUGCAAGAGGAGUAAAGCUGGGCUCGUGCCCGGCACGUGGCCGUCUUCCCUCCUGGACACUGCCCGUGCUCCGAGGGACACUGCCAGGCAGGAGCAACCCCCCCCCCGGCCAUGCGGAGCGGGUUUGAAAGGCCGUGGAGAUCCAGCGACGGAAAGCGGCGGAGAUGCUGAAGGCAACACUGCAGCAGCGCUGCCUGCAAACCCAGCCCCACUGCCCCGCGCCCGGCCGGGCUCUGCAAAACCCCUGUGUCUGCGGGACGGCCCAGGGGGACGCCGAGGGGGACAACGGCUGCUGGCAGGAGAGGGGGAGCAGAGGGGGGCAGAGGUGUCACCCCCAGGAUGCUCCUGCCUCCAAGACAGAAGAGGAGGGACAGAGGGGACUGCUGGGAGGGAAGGCAAGCGGGAGCUGUCGGCAGGAGCCCGGGGGGCUCAACAGGGAUGCUCUGGUUGCCACAUUGGAUGGCAGUAGCCUGGCCUCGGCGGCUGAGCCCGCAGCGCCCCCAAAAUGCCCCAGCUCUGCCCCAGAGCUGCCCCCCGCAGCAGCCAGCCCCACAUCCGACCCCAGCCAGGAGUGGAAAGUGGUGAAGAUCCAACGGGUCCUCAUCGACCCUGCCGGCGAGCCGAGGAAAGCGGGUCUCUCCCGCAGCGCCAGCCUCUCCGAGAAGGAGCUGAAGGAGGCGAAGGCGCGGAGCCGGAGGAUCGCGGCGCAGCUCACCACGGCGCCUGGCCCCAGCUCCAAGGGCGUCCUGCUCUUCAACCGCCGCAAGCAGCGCGUCGACGGGCUCACUGGGGCCGGGCAUGGCGGGGGGCUGCCGCUGAGCCCUGCACCCCAGCCUCGGCAAGCAGCCAUGGAGGAGGGCGAGGGGCAGGGGACGAAGCCGGAGUCCGGCACUCUGGGAGAGGAGCUGCGGGCAAACGCCUCCCCGUGCCGGGAACCACCUGCUGAGGCCCAGCAGGUCCCGCUGAGCGUCUACCUGAAGGAGAACAUGGCAUCGGCCGCCACCAACGGCGUGCAGGAGCAGGCUGCCGGCGGGAUGGAGAGCGGGGCGGGGGGGCUCGGGGAUGCGGGAGCCCCUGCGGGGCCGAGCACGGUGGCUCUCGCUCUGCCGCAGAGCCCCGAGGAGGGGAAGAACGGCGAGGUGCCCGGCGAGGUGCCCUGUGCGCCAGUGGGCACGGCCACGGGGACGACACCCCUGGCCAGCCAGCAGCAGAACGGGGCGCGGGGCCGGCAGUACUAUGAGGUCCAUCUCACCCUGGCCAAGCCCAAGCCGGUGCAGAACCGGACGGCCAGACCCUUCGGCACCCAGGCAUCCCCCACCAGCAGCCAGCCCACGGAGGGACCCCCAGCCACCGAGCUGCCCCCACCACCCACCUACGCGGAGACCCUGAGCAGCCCCCCGCCGCUCACCCGUGUCCGCUCGCCCCCCGCCUACUCGGCCCUGUACCCGCCCCGGGAGCAGAAGAUGCUGCCGGGUCCCCCCCUGGGUUGCGGGGUGAGCGGACCGAACCCCCUGCCCAAAACAGGGAUCCUGGAGGAGUCGGCCGCCCGGAGAGCCGGCAAAAAGUCCAUGUUCACCUUCGUCGAGAAACCGAAGCUGGGCCCCAACCCCGAUCUGCUGGACCUGGUGCAGAGCGCGGACAGCAGGAAGAAGCAGAAGGAGCAGGGGGAGCCCGGUGCCGAGGAUGAGCCCUUCGCCCUUGGGGCUGAAGCCGCCAACUUUGUCCCCAACAGCACAGCCAGGGGCGGGCAGCACCUCCCGCCGGCCGACGAUGCUCCGGCGUGGUCCUCCUGCCUCAAGUCCCCCACCAUCCAGCCCAAGCCGAAGCCACAGCCCAGCCACAACCUCAGCGAAGCGAGAGGGAAGGGGGCCGAGCUCUUUGCCCGCCGGCAGUCCAGGAUGGAGAAGUUCAUCAUCGAGGCUCCCUCCCAGCCCGAGCUGCUGCGGUCCCCAUCACCCACCAUGUCCCUGCCUCCCUCCUGGAAGUACGAUGCCAAUGCUUGCCUGUCACCCAUGGUCUCCAGACGCCCUUCCAAGAGUCCCUCCAGGCCCUCCAAAACCCCCCCGGCAUCUCUGUAUGGCGGCAACCUGGUAGAGAAUGAGGUCUCCCAGAAGGAGAUAGAGAUCUCCAAGCACCAGCCCUACCAGCUCCAGUCUUCGCUCUUCAUCCUCUCCCCAUCCAAGGGGCCAGGGAAGUCCAUGCCCCGGGAGAUGCCUCCACCCAGACCCUCCCUUCCUGAUGCCUACCCCUACCCCCAGCAAACCUCCUGCCCGACCUCUCCGUUGCCUCCUUCCCCAGUAUGGCAUCCCACCGCCGUGCCCAGCGCCAGCCAGACCACCUCCAGCCCCUUCCCUGGUGCCACCGGGGCUCUGCCCCUGACUCACAGCAGCCGUGCCGGUCCCGGAGCCCCGACCGAGGCGCUGCUGGCCUCCCCGUGCCGCCUGCUGCCGCCCCGAGCGAAGGGGGGCUUCCAGGCACCCCGGCCCUCCUACUCCACCAGGAACGCCGGCAUCGAGCCGCAGGAAAGGCGGCCGUCCCUCCCCGCCUCACCCACCUGGACCCCCCGGCUGGUGCGGCGCCCGGGCAGCCUGGACGGCUGGGCCAGCCCGGCCUCGGUGCCCGAGCUGGAUGAGGGACCCCCCAUGUCCCCUCCGUGGAGCGAGAGGUCCCUGUCGCCGCUGCGGCAGGACGCCGACCCACGGGCCAGCCGGCAGAUGCAAGCGCGGCUCGCCAGGAACAUCAUCAACGCUGCUCGGAGAAAGAGCUCCUCUCCCAAAGCCGUGGGGCUGGAGGGCUCCCGGCCCUUCACCCCCAUCCCCGCCGGCCCCCCCAGCCUGCCCCAGUCCCCCCGGCCGGUGCGGUCGGAGGGAUCCAGAGCCCUGGCACCGCAGGCUGCCAGCAGCGUGCUGGGGAGCCUGGGCAGCCCCUCGCCCACCCACAAAAGCCCCCUGCGAUCGCCCCGGGCAGACGGUCCCCAGUUUUGUGCCUCCCCCGGGAUGUCCCGAGCCGCCUGGGCAGAGGGUCGCCGGCUGCUGCUGCCACCCGGCGCGUCCUCCUGCCCCAUCCCCGGGCUGUCCCCCAGCCCCAGGAGCCCCCUGCCAUCCCCCGUGGUGGGCGGGCGGUCCCCAGCCAAGCGCUGCACCUCCCGGUCCCCGACAGACUCGGACGUCUCCCUCGACUCCGAAGACUCGGGGGCCAAGAGCCCGGGCAUCCACAGCUUCAACCUCUGCCCCCGGGGCUGGACCGGCAGCCUGCGGUUGAAACCGGGGGGGCUGCCCUCGGGGGCCCCCUGCACCUCCUAAACG